UAGAUCACAUCUUCCCCAAAAUAUAUCUCACUUUUUUUUUUGGGUAUGGGUACCUCAAUAUAUUGCCUCGCUUCCAACAAAUGGUUUGGCAAGGUUAGGCCGCCUCAAGUCGUUAAGUUCAAAGAUUUCCAUCGGAUACUCAGAUUAAUUGAAGGCAAGUGUCAAAGUCUCAAAGAUGUCACUGGGAAUUCGAGUGCCGGUUUUCUUAUUAGCUAUCCUGUUAUUGGCAAUGUGUGCUCAAAAUUCUGAAGCUCAUGUAACAUUUGAAAACGGGUUGAAAUCCAUGGUGUAUUUAUCACCUAAAAUAACCCUACACCCUGGUUCUGUCUCAAACAAGUUCUACUAUGACAUUGAGUUCCCAAAAGGUCAUAUAGGUAUCAAGAGUUUCGAUGCUGAACUUGUUGAUGAAGCAGGGAACUCUGUUCCUCUUCACGAAACUUAUCUUCACCACUGGGUUGCAAUAAGAUACUACCAACGUAUCGGCAUUAAAGAUAUAAAAUAUAAUGUUAAUCUUGGGUUCCGCCAAUCAGAUCACAUUAUUGCUAGAAAUGGUGGAGUAUGCAAGUAUAGCCUUCCCCAGGUUUUUGGAUUAGGAGCUGAAACGCGGAAAACAUCCACAUAUGUUCCCGAUCCUUAUGGAAUCGAAGUCGGUAAUCCACUAGAAGUUCCUGUUGGAUUUGAAGAGAGGUGGAUGUUUAAUAUCCAUGCAAUUGACACUCGAGGCGCAGUAGAUGCAAUGGGAUGUACUGAAUGCAGAUGUAACUUAUACAAUGUAACAGAGGAUGAGUAUAGUCGUCCUUUGAAACCAAAUUAUGUGGGAGGCAUUUUCUGCUGCUAUGAUGAAACACAAUGCAAAUUGAAAAACCAUGUUGAAAGUGUGCAAAGAAACCUUUACUUGAAGUACACUGUUAAGUGGGUUGAUUGGAGUGACUCUGUACUACCUGUUAAAAUCUUCAUCUUUGAUGUCACUGAUACCUGGCAGAAAACAGGAACCCAUGAUUGCCUAGUCGAGUAUGAUGUUGAACAAUCUACCGCUGAAGUCACUAAUAAUGAUUACACCAGCACACGAAGAUCAAGUGUGAGUUUUCCAACCGGCGGUGAUGUCGUGUAUGGUGUUGCACAUCUGCACAGUGGCGGAAUAGGUUCUGCACUAUAUGGAGAUGAUGGGCGGAUUAUUUGCUCGUCUAAGCCUAUAUAUGGGCAGGGAAACAGUGCAGGAGAUGAAGCUGGUUACAUAGUUGGAAUGUCCACAUGUUAUCCUAAACUAGGCUCAAUGAAGAUAGCUAAAGGCGAAAUCCUAACUUUGGAGUCUAAUUACAGCUGUGAGAAGAGCCAUACUGGGGUUAUGGGACUCUUCUAUAUUCUUGUUGCAGAGUCUUCAUUAAAUUUGAGUGAUCCAGUUCAAAUUCAUGAAGAAUCAAAAGUACCUAUCUUCUUUUGGGGUGUAGCCGUGUUUGGAUUGGCGAUGUUUGCAGCUGUUGUAGUUGCAUAUCAAAGGAGGCAAAGUGAGGAUGGCUAUAUUUCUAUUAACCAGGGGCAUAUUUAUUUGAAUUUGCAUCUGAUAACAAUGUGUGAUACGUGUCUGCUAGAACAUAAUCAAGGAUCAAAGAUGUCACAUGGUACUCAAGGUUUCGUGUGCUUGUUAGCUUUUGUGUUAUUGGCAAUAUGUGCUCAAAGUUCUAGAGCCCGUGUGACAAUUGAGAAGGGGGUAAAAUCCAUGGUGUAUUUAUCACCUAAGAUAACCUUACAUCCGGGUUCUGUUUCAAACAAAACAUACUAUGAUAUAGAGUUUCCGAAAGGACAUAUUGCUAUAAAAAGUUUCAAUGCUGAAAUUGUGGAUGAAGCAGGGAACCCUGUUUCGCUUAAAGAAACGUAUGUCCACCAUUGGACUGCGAUAAGAUACUACCAACGUAAGGGCGUUAAAAAUCUUAUUAUGGCUGGGAAUUCUGGAUUAUGCAAACAAGGUCGCUCCCAGAUUUUUGGAAUGGGUUCAGAAACACGAAAAACAUCUACAUAUGUUCCUGAUCCUUAUGGAAUCGAAGUGGGUAAUCCGCUUACGGUUCCUGCUGGUUAUACAGAGAAAUGGAUGUUUAAUAUCCACGCGAUGGACACUCUUGGUGCAGUGGAUCCAAUAGGAUGUACUGAGUGCAGAUGUAACUUAUAUAAUGUGACAGUUGAUAAAGAUGGUCAGCCUUUGAGACCGAAUUAUGUGGGAGGGUUAUUCUGUUGCUAUGAUGGAACACAAUGCAAAGUGAAAAAUGGGCUUAAAAGUACUAACAGAAACGUUUACUUCAAGUACACAGUUAAAUGGGUUGAUUGGAGUGAUUCCAUAAUACCUGUUAAGAUCUUUAUACUUGACAUCAUGGAUAUCUGGCAGAACACAGGAAUCCAUAAUUGCUUAUUUGAAUAUGAUAUUAAACAAUCUACCACUGGAGCUGGUACUAAUGACUCCAUCAGCACUCGAAGAGCAAGUGUGGGUUUCCCAAUUGCUGGUGACGUCGUUUAUAGUUUUGCACAACAGUACAUAGGUGGAGUAGGUUCUACUCUAUAUGGAGAGGAUGGACGGGUUCUUUGUUCGUCUAAACCCAUAUAUGGGCAAGGAAACAGUGUGGGAGAUGAAGCUGGUUACAUUGUAGGAAUGUCAACGUGUUAUCCGAAACCAGGUUCAGUAAAGAUAGCCAAAGGUGAAAACCUAACUUUCGAUUCUAACUACAGCAGUCAAAAGAGCCAUACUGGAGUUUUGGGCCUCUUCUAUCUUCUUGUUGCAUAGUCUUCUUUGAAACUCAAUUAUCCGGUUUAGAUUCAUGAAGAAUCGGGAGUAAUGAUCUUUUAUGGGAUGUAGCCAUGUUUGGAUUUGUAAUUUCUGUCACUAAUGAAGUUGUAUAUCGAAGAAGAAAGCAAAGCCAGGAUGGGUACCUCUCUAUGGCAACUUGAGCAACUUCUUUCUGUGAUUUUGAGAUUACAGUUGUUUGACUUUAGUUUUACAAUGAAUGUGUGAAAGUCAUACAAAAAGGUGUAUUACUACUAUAUAAAGCUUGGUUAAAUUUA